CAUGAUGACAUCUCCAAAGUAUGUUUUCUAUCUGGCAUGCUUGUUCUUGGGGGAAAUAGCUCAGAUGACUGAUCUGAAAUUUUCCUUGUCUGUUCGUCAAGAGAGACGUUUUGUAUCAGCCAAUGUUGGAGAUAAUGUGACUCUGCAAUGUUUCUAUGAAGGUGAUGAUUCAGCAUGGCUUUACUGGUAUAAGCAAACUCUGCAACAGAAACCAAGGCUCAUCUCUAACAUCUAUGUGUAUGAUACAAGAACCACUUUUUAUCAUGAAUUCAAGAACAAUCCACGCUUCACAGUGGAUACUGAAAAUGGUAAAAAUCGCUUGACAAUCUUUGAUUUGCGCAUUUCAGACUCAGCUACUUACUACUGCGCAAUUAGUUAUACAUUAGUCUUGACUUUUGCGGAGGGCACUACUGUCAGUGUAAAGGGUUCAGGUUUGAACAUCCAAGCUUCGGUGCAUCAGUCAGCAUCUGAGACCAUCCAGCCAGGAGGCUCUGUGACUCUGAACUGUACAGUACACACUGGGACCUGUGAUGGAGAACACAGCGUUUACUGGUUCAGAAACUCUGAAGAAUCUCAUCCAGGACUCAUGUACACCCAUGGAGGCAGGAAUGAUCAGUGUGAGAGGAAACCCAACACACAAACACACACCUGUGUCUACAACUUGCCACUGACGAGUCUGAAUCUUUCUCAUGCUGGGACCUACUACUGUGCUGUUGCUGCAUGUGGACACAUACUGUUUGGAAACGGGACCAAGCUGGACUUUGAAGAUGAGGUGGAUUCUCUUCUCUUGGUGUAUUUCUUGAGUGGAGCUUUGACAUUCACUAUCAUCCUAGUUGUUCUGUUGCCUUUCUUAGCAUACAAGUUGAUCAAGAAAAACAACUGCCAAUGUACAGAGUCUCACGCAAGAUUAUCAGCUCCUUCCACAAUAAAUGCAGAGGGUUACCAAGACGCAGACAACCUCCAUUAUGCGGCUUUAAGUGUUAACCUGCCCAACAAAUCAAGAAGACAGAGAGAUCAAACCAUGCGUGAAUGUGUGUACUCUAGUGUAAAGCAUUAGAAGUGGACAUUUCAACUUUUUCAAUAAAAUUGGAUUUGGUGGUAUUUCAAGUGUAAUGAGGAUUUAGAUGUAGAUUUUGAGAUAUAUUUGUGGUCUGCAGUCAAAAGAUGCAGCGCAGUAUUCCCAAUAAUUAUAUUCGUAUUGAAUGAUUGUGCUCCUCAUGAUUUACGCCCAAUGCCAACAUUCAGUACCAAUGCAAGAUUAAGUGCGCCCUUUAUGUUGCGAGUCGGAAAGUACGGUGUGGGAGUUUGCAUUGGAUGUAACAACAUUAUCUGGACCCAUGGAAUUCAACCAAACUGAAUCAUGUACAGUGUGUGUUUUCAUAUGUCCAUUCUAUGUCAUUAAUGAUUAAAUAAAGCUAACAUAUUCAUGGGA